UGCCAUAUUUGUAGCGAAAUUUUCUGUCAAUUUCAAAAUUUUCAGAGAAACUUUUAAAGGUAAAUCAAAAGUUUUUCCCUUUUUUAGUUAUGGUGGGGCAUCGAGGUUUUCGUGCCGCGAUUAUUGUGCCACCUGGAUGUGGCAAGGACAUGAUAUUCCAGCGGAUUGUUAGCAAAUACAAAACUCCCGUAAUAUCGACCGGGAAGCUACUGAGACAACACAUUCGAGAACGAACCCUGUUGGGAAUGCGAGCCGAUCGCUAUAUACGCCGAGGGAAAUGCAUUCCCGAUUACCUAUUCACUCAGAUGUUGAGGAAGCCGCUGGAAAAGCUUGGAAGUCAGGGUCUGAUCCUUGACGGCUAUCCGCGUACAGUCGGCCAGGCGAAGGAGCUGGAAAAAAUGGUGGCGCUGGACUUUGUUCUGCUGCUCGAGGUACCGGUGACCAGUGUCCUGGCGGAACUGAAGAAACGUCAUGUGGCGAGAAACGGGGUCACCCUGACUUACAGCCGUGCCCAAAGGUCUGAGAUCGCGUUGACUCCAUCUCAACUUCAAGUCGCUGACGAGGCAGCUAGGAUGUCGGCGCGUCAGGCCGACUUUGGGGUUCAAAUGGAGCCCGUGAUCCGGCACUUUGCCCAGCAGAAGUUGAUCCACCACGUCCCAGUGCACAAUCUGAACUUUUUGUGGCACCAGGUGGAGCGGCACCUAAAUCUCCUUUGGCCAAAGACUAAAUCGGUGGACAGGCUACGGCGUCAUUGGUACUUCGGUCUCUGCAAUUCGGCCGCUGCGUGAUAUCUUGUUUUUAAAUUUGAAAAAAAGUGUAAAAAGUGCGAUUCUCAGAUUCUUAAAGUGAUGAAAGUUA